UUCAACAUCUCUCUUUUCCCUUUCCCUCUUUAUUUGAUGUGAUUCUCCACUACCAUCUUAACACAGACGCAACCAAAAUCCUUUUACAAGAGGAAAUCAAAGAUCAGGAGAGCCAUGGUUUUUACCUCCAUCCCAGCUUAUCUUGAUCCUGCCCACUGGCAACAACUUAGAACAAAUCAUCAAGCUGUUCCUGGUAGCAGUCCGAGCUCUCAUCAGCUUCUUCCUCCUCCUGGACCUCCACAACCACCACCUGCAGCUCCGCAACCGAUUGGAGUAGAUGGAGGAGGCUCGAUCCGGCCUGGUUCGAUGACCGAUCGAGCUCGUUUGGCUAAUAUACCGAUGCCGGAAGUCGCAUUAAAAUGCCCGAGAUGUGAGUCGACAAACACCAAGUUCUGCUACUUCAACAACUAUAAUCUCACACAGCCUCGUUACUUUUGCAAAGCUUGUAAAAGAUACUGGACUAGAGGUGGUGCCUUAAGAAAUGUUCCGGUAGGCGGUGGAUGCCGUAGGAACAAAAGAAGCAAAGGAAGUAGCUCGAAAUCUGCAGUCACCGAUGACCGGAAAGCAGCUUCUAGUUCCUCAAGUACAAUUUCUUCAAAGAGUAUAGCAAGCACUGAUAUUUUAGGCCAUGGACCUCAGGUUCCUCCACUGAGGUUCAUGGCUCCUUUGCAGCACCUUACUGGUUUUGGGUUGAACUAUGGCACAAUUUCAGCUCCACUUGGAGUGCCAAGCGACUUAAGUUUACAAAUAGGAAGUGCUUGGAAUGGGGAUGCCACCGGUUUCGAUCAGUGGCGGCUACAGCAAGCGCCGCAGUUUCCCUUCCUUGGAGGCUCGGAAUCUUCCGGUCUAUAUCAAUAUGAAACUGCAGGUGAUGAGCAGCCAUCGGGAUACGGUGUCGGAGCUGGACAUCAGAUUCGACCUAAUAUAUCAAGCUCAGCACCACCAACACAGAUGGCUCCGGUGAAAAUGGAUGGCUAUAAUAACCAACAAGAAUUGACAUUUUCAAGGCAAUUUCUCGGUGUUCCGAGAAAUGAUCAUCAGUACUGGGGUGAAACUGCAUGGACAGAUGUUUCCAGUUUCAGCUCUUCAUCCACCAGCAAUCCCUAAUAGGUUAUGAAUUAGAUCAGCUCUUUUUGUUAGUGUAGCUUCUGUUAAGGAAAAAUUAACUAUGAUUAAAGCCGAAGACAUCAAGGGCUUAUGAUUCCUCAUACAAGAAAUCCACUGAAACCCUAGCACUGCUAGGCUUUCUUUCUCUUACGAAAUUGGCAUAUUAUAAUUAUGAAUGUGUUUUCUUUUCACUGUAUCACCAGUUUAUAUAUAGAGCUUGUAUCUAUAUGAUAUGCACUCUGUAAAUUAUGUGUUUUAAAUGCUA